AUGUUCUUCCUGGAAUAUAGUAGUCUCCCUGGUGUCACCGGUAUAGUCGAUGGGACUCACAUUUGGAUUCAAUCUCCAGGGGGACAAACUGCUGAGCUUUACCGGAACAGAAAGGGAUGGUUCAGUCUUAACGUUCAGGUGGUGUGCAAUGAGAAGCACAAAUUCCUAAAUGUGGUGGCACGAUGGCCUGGUUCAGUUCACGACUCCAGGAUAUGGAAGAAUAGCAAGAUCUGUAGAGAUCUGGAGGAGGGCAGACUGCAAGGAGUCCUUUUAGGUGAUUCUGCAUACCCUCUGUCGAAACAACUGCUGGUUCCAUUCGACUAUCCAUGUUCGACUGCUCAACAUGGGCGGUUCAACCGCGCUUUGUGCAGAUGUCGGGUCUUUAUCGAGCAGACCAUCGGAAUAUGGAAGCGACGCUUCCCAGUGCUGUCGUACAAAGUUAGAAAGAGUCCAGAGAAUGCGGCAGUGGUAAUUGUAGCUACGGCUGUGUUGCACAACUUGUGCACUGAUUUGAAUCAGCCUGUGCCAGGAGACGACCCUAUUAAUGAAGCUGAACUAAACCUAAACAACUUGUAUGACGAUGAGCCAUUCACUCCUGACGAAGAUUUCGUUUUCACUGGCAAAGAAAUUAGGGAUGCUUUGGUCGAAAGAUUCUAG